ACGUAAUGUUUAACACACACGUUGUUGGCUGCUCUUUCCAUCUUCCUUGAUACACUCAACCUCGUAUACUUAUACUAUAAAUAACACACAACCAACUCAAUUUUCAUAACAUAAAAACAAAACUUAAAAACGAAACACACGAAAAUGGAAAAACAACUACACGAAGAAAGUGCAAUGGACUCGUUCGUGUGUCCAAGUUUCAGCACUUAUUCUACUAAUAACGUAAACGACAUUGCGGAUCAAGUCACACAAGAAAACGACACCUCACACUCUCAAAACGACACCAACCAAAACGACAACGACGAUUUCGAAUUCGUCGCGUUUCGUAAGUCUUCAGAUGAAAUUUUCUUCGAUAGUAACCGCUACAUCUCCGCGACUCACGACGGUUUCCCGAUCUUCAACAGAGAUAUCAGUGGAAGAUGGAAUUCCGAUGCGGCGGAGAUUCGAAUUUCGUUUGAGAAAUUGUUAAUCGGCGACGAGAAGAAGAGUGGCGAAUCUCGCGAUUCGCAAUCGUCGUCUUCGUCGGAAGUCGGUGGCGAUCUGCUUGCGGUUUCGCCGGAUAUGUAUUGCUUGUGGACACCGAAAUCACCGGCAGUUUCGCCGAUGACUUCACCGAUGGCUUCUCCGUCGAAAUGCAACAAGAGUAAUUCGACUGGUUCAUCUUCGAAUUCGUCUUCUUCGAAGAGAUGGAAGUUUCUGAGUUUACUCCGACGAAGUAAAAGUGACGGAAAAGAAUCGUUGAUUAUGUUGAAUUCAUCAUUAGGGUUUAAGAAGGGAGAAAAAGAGAAGAAUUCGAAGGAACAUUCCGACAAGAGCAAAAUUCCUAAUGUUGCCGGAAAACAGAUUCCGGUGACGGUUAAGAAAGUUCCGGCGCCGUUACCGGCAAUUGAAGCGUAUUAUGGAAGAAAGAAAGAGACGAGGAGAAAAUCGUAUUUACCGUAUAAACAAGAGUUAGUUGGUUUUGGCGUUGAUUUCAAUGCUUUUGGAAGAAGUUUUGCUUUUCACUCUUGACUAAUUUUUAUUUAUUUUUACUUCAAAUUUUAACUAUAUUUACAUUAGGACUAUACGUUAAUUUUAUAAGGUAUUGUUAUAGAUUCAGUUUUGGAGUAGAGAAAUAUUUAAAAAUGAGAGUGAAAUUUUGGUAGUUUUUUUGUUUUCGUGUUUGAUGUUAAAUAUUAUAAUGUCUUUUAACUUUUGAAUCAUCAUCCAUGAAAAAAAUGUGUGAAAAAAUAGUACAUGGAUUAUGAUGAACAUGAUUUGACACAAAUGGUAUAUACUCAAUUAUUUAGUUGGGAUUAAUUUGGUCCUAACUAGAGUGUAUACAAAAUUCUAUAUACUAGCAAGUGUUGGUAUGUAUGAAUUUCAAUUAGGAUGAAUUUUGUCUUGGUUAUAAAAAAUAGAUUAGGAUGUACUUA